GGAUUACAGGCAUGAGCCAACAUGCCUGGCCGGUGAUUUUCUUUCUACCCCUGCUUUCCUCCUGUUGUCUUAUUUCAGUUUUCAUCUCCUCUCUCCUGAGGCCUGGGCCAUUGCAGUCAUCUACUACCUGCUUUUCCUGUCCAGGUAUCACACCCCUUCAAGCAUGUUUCAACUAGAAUGCUCCUGUGAAACACAAAUCUGACCUUACUGUUUCCCAUCAGAGCUCUUUGAAUUCCUUCUGUUAUGCAAUAGUUUAUGCCUCCUUUAUAUCCUUAUUUACAACCUCAUCCCCUCCCCUCAAAUGUCUAGGCAUUCAAAAUCUGCCAAGUGCAGGGCCUAUUCUGGGCACUGGAGACUCAGCAGUGAAUAAAACAAAGUCAUUGCCAUCAUGGAGCCUACUUUCGAGGGGACUGGACUAUCGCAGUUCUGUGAACUGCCACGCUGUUUCAUACCUUUGCUGGAAUGUGCCUGCCCACAGCUAAGCUUCCUGGACAGUGUCUGCUGGAAUUUCAGGACGCAGUGACAGUGUAGUGACCCCGCUGGCAUUACCACUCUUUUUUUAAUGUCUUCCUUGUGUUGUGUGCUUCAAGCUUCCUCUUCACUAGGGCCUGGCCUUAACAAGCUUUGUGUUUCCAGCACCUAUAGUAGUGCUCAGCACAGGACAGAUGCUUCUAAAUGUGUAUUGAAUGAAAAGCACACAAGCAUGGAAACACUUUGGGAUUCGUGUCCCUCAAACGUGUCAUGUAUUUUCUUCUUUUCUUUGCUUAUGCUCUUUCCACUGCCAGGAAUAUCCACCCCAGCCAUCCUACCAGGCCCUUAUAAGCCACUUGCCCCAUUCUUUAAAGUGCCGCUGUCAUGAACACUUGCUGAACCCUUCCCUUUCCUCAAUUACUUAUUGACCUACUUGCUUUUUUCAUGCUUUCACUAGCAUUUAUUCAAUAAAUACUGAAUAUCUACCAUUUUCCAGGAUUUAUACCAGGUCCUAGAGAUAUGACAAUGGAAAAAGAUCUGCUAAUAUUGUAUUUUUAGUAGAAACAGGGUUUCUCCACGUUGGAUCAGGCUGGUCUUGAACUCCCACCUCAGGUGAUCCACCCGCCUCGGCCUCCCAAAGUGCUGGGAUUAUAGGUAUGAGCCUCUGCAUCUGGCCUGGAUGGCUGCCCUUUAUGCAGUGUUGUAUAGGCCCGGGCGCUUUCCAUAUUGUGGCUCUGCUAACCCCAUUGUGUUCCAUAUUUUGUGAAAAGGGGAAAAAGAGCAUGGAGCAGACAUAUUUGUUUCUUAAAGCCUUGCCUCAGAAGUGACAUGUACCAUAUCUCUCACAGUUCGUUGGUAAAGACAAGUCACAAAGCCACUCAAACUGAGACAUGUGGUCUAGCUGGGUGAUGAGAAAGACAAAAUGGAGUUUUGGUAGACAGCUACCAAACUCAGCCACAUACCUCAUUAUACUACCUGCAAGCUGUGUUAUCGUUAGUUGCCUGCAUAUUAAUUAGUUCUUUCUGCUUAGAACACUUUUAUCUAGAAUAUUUGCAACAUUUGCCAUUCACUUCAUUUAAAUCUCAGCUCAUGUGAAACUUCUUCCAAGUGUAAGAACACUCAGUCUGGAAAAGCUCCCCAUCCUCUUACACUGCCUUUUUUUCUUUAGAGCCCUUGUCACACAUUUUAUUUUAUAUAUAGUUUAUUGUGCUCCCCUGCACAGGAAUGUAAGUGUCACAAUGGCACAGCAUUUGUUUUGCUUAUUGCUUUAUCUACAGUGCCUGGCACUUGUCUUCAAGGAUUAUCUACAUCUUGAAGGCAGAGCUUUGUUGUUCACAUUUCAGUGAAUAUUUGCUGAGCAGAGCCUCAUGCUAGACAGGCCUUGGAGGCACAUCCUGAACAAGGAAAACACACACCCUGCCUCCCUCAAUUGAAGAUAUUAGUCUCUUCAGUCUUAUUCAAUUUUAUUUCUCUGUGCUUAGCAUUUAGAAGCAAUUAAAUAUGUGUUUGUGGAAUGAACAAACUAAUUAACAGCAUAUUUAGAAAAUCUCACUGUAGCAAAUAUAUUAAAGUUUUAGAAAAUCAUGAUAAUCUAAGUGAAAUAUUUUACGAAUUAUGGAGAAAACAUGAGGGAUGAAAAUUUACCCUGCUCUGCUUUAGCUUUUGAAAAAGUCUACUUAUAAGCCACUCUCUUCAUUGCUAAUAAUAACACCAGUGGGGAAACUUGAAGAAAGCGGUAUUUGUCACCAAAUGGUAAGUUAGCAGCUUGUCUUGUUAUCUGGGUUGGAACACAAAGUCAUUAAGUGGCAUUUGGACUAAAUCUGAUUGGAAGUUAGAAUCUACUUGGAGACAAACAGAAACAUGCUUCUGCUUAGAAAAAUUGCACAACUUUAAGAUGUGGUAGAUUAGAAAAUGAUAAGAAUUAAUUUUAAGAGAAUGCCUGUUUUUUGAAAGGAUUGGUUAUAUGUUGGUGGAAAUUCUUCAGGGAAGUGACAUCUCUGGAGAGGGAAACACAAAAACAGCUCAAUACAGUCAAUUUAUUCUACACUAAGGAAAAAAUAACUAAAACUGCUUGCUGGUUUUCUGUGGACUGUAACAGCUGGUUGACUCAAAUUUCUGCUUUCUACCAAUUGUGAAAAUUAAGCCUUAAUUUGCAGGAGCACCUGGAUGUUCAGACUCUGUCUGAAGACACAGGGGCUAAAAAUGUUCAGGUUCUGUCUGAAGAUACAGGGGCUAUGGUUUGUCUAUGGUUACAGCUUUUGCAAAUGCAGAAAAGCUUUUGGAGCCUACUUAUGUUAUGGAGUAUUUCCAAUAGUGAUUAUUAAAGUAAUUCAAGGAAAAUCAGUAACGAAUGAUAGUAAAAUAGUUGCCUUCAAAUAGUGUUCAAGAAAAUAGUGUGUGUAUGUAGUAUUUUAGCACGUAGAAAGGCUUAAACCCUCUUGUGAACUCCUACUUAACAAUUUCUUUAUUAUCCUCUUCUUACUCAGAUUUAUAAAUUUUCCUUCCUUUCUGCAAAAGGACAGAGAUAAAUAAAGAUAACAACUUUUCCCCCUCAUUGUAUCACCCCAUUAGCUUGUUAUGCCAGUAAUAUUCAUAUUGAAUAUCCAGUCAUGUUUAGCCAUUUGUAUUGUGUUUGAAGUUAUUUUUUGAUUUUCAGAUUUGAAAUGCUGGAAAGGAAGAUCCCAGCCUGAUGGAAAUUUUUACGAGAAUAGUGAUGCCUUUUUGCUGUAGAAAACACUUUUUGGGAAUAACGUUUCUUGGAAUUGGACUGUGGGCAUGGAAUGAAAAAGGAGUUCUGUCCAACAUCUCUUCCAUCACCGAUCUCGGCGGCUUUGACCCAGUUUGGCUCUUCCUUGUGGUGGGAGGAGUGAUGUUCAUUUUGGGAUUUGCAGGGUGCAUUGGAGCGCUACGGGAAAACACUUUCCUUCUCAAGUUUUUUUCUGUGUUCCUGGGAAUUAUUUUCUUCCUGGAGCUCACUGCCGGAGUACUAGCAUUUGUUUUCAAAGACUGGAUCAAAGACCAGCUGUAUUUCUUUAUAAACAACAACAUCAGAGCAUAUCGGGAUGACAUUGAUUUGCAAAACCUCAUAGACUUCACCCAGGAAUAUUGGCAGUGCUGUGGGGCUUUUGGAGCUGAUGAUUGGAACCUAAAUAUUUACUUCAAUUGCACAGAUUCCAAUGCAAGUCGAGAGCGAUGUGGCGUUCCAUUCUCCUGCUGCACUAAAGAUCCCGCAGAAGAUGUCAUCAACACUCAGUGUGGCUAUGAUGCCAGGCAAAAACCAGAAGUUGACCAGCAGAUUGUAAUCUACACGAAAGGCUGUGUGCCCCAGUUUGAGAAGUGGUUGCAGGACAAUUUAACCAUCGUUGCUGGUAUUUUCAUAGGCAUUGCGUUGCUGCAGAUUUUUGGGAUAUGCCUGGCCCAGAAUUUGGUUAGCGAUAUCGAAGCUGUCAGGGCGAGCUGGUAGAGCCCCUGCAGCCGCUGCUGCAAGACACUGGACAGACCCAGCUUUUGGGACCCUCCCACGUGCCGAACUCAUCUUCAAGCUGCACGGACCUCAUCACAGAUGCAGCCCGCAGUCUCGCCUAAUGGAGCUGCCAUUCGUGGGGUAAAACUGGGAAAUGCUGCUCACUGACAGAAUUAAAAAACAAAAAUAACCAGUAUGAAAGUCGUUGCGCCGUGAAUCUCUACUGUAGCCAUGAAUUUAUGGACAGUUGGAUGCUUACCAAAAAAGAAAAAAAGGGAGGGUGGGGGACCCAGAUGUACUUGAAUGUGCGGAAAAUGCAGUCUUGUCCUCAUCUUCCGUAACUGGAGGGGCUGGGAAGGCAGCUUUGCUCUUCGCCACACCUUGGACGGACCACCUUCUGUUCCAUGGUCUGAAGGAAUGCAUCUCCUCAAAGACUCAGCCCCUCACCUGGGAGGGCAGUGGUUUGUCGGCAUCCCUCCACAUAGGUUUUAGGAAACACGUGCCACUCUGAUCUGAAGAAGAAAACAACUCGUCUUGGGUUCAGAUUUUGUGAUGGUAUUCAAGUCACUCGGGCGAGCGCACUUGGUCUAUCCUGGAAAGUCUCCUUAUAACAGAAGUUGUGUAUUUCAUGUGCACCGAGCAAGGGCAUUGGAAGACUUCAUGAGGCUGUAUUCUAGCAGGACUGCUCUUUUUUCUAAGUAGGCCUGAGCUUUAUCAGUGAAAUUCAAGGAGAAAAUGAGGUUAAUGAAGGAGGUAUCAGUUGAAUACCCCCUUCUUCUCACCCUGCCAAAAUUAGCAGUUGAAUUUUUGGAAACUCUGGAAUACUCUGGGUCAUUUUGUUUUGUAUGUUUGUUGUUUUUCGUCUUCCAAAGGUGAAAGCUAUGAUAUGGUUCCACUUAAAUUUUAGUGUUUUCUUACUCAGCUCAAGCAUUAAUUUUUGAUAAAAUCUUAACCUGCAUGACCUGUGAAUCUGAAUCUAUCAUCUCCCUUUCCUGCCGGCUUUUCUACAAACAUUGAAAUAUGUUAUUUGGUCAACACUUAUUUCCUAGGUUCCUUGGGAGGUUGUGGCAUGUCCUCCCAGCCUGGCUGGGAAGAGACCAGCUGUACCAUUCAAAUGCUUCCCUGGUCUCAGUGAUCUCUUCCAGAGUCGAUCUGAGUGGCCUCUUCUGCACCCUCCCCUUCUUUCUCUUUGAAUGGAAUUAAACCCGAUUUUGAAACAACAUUGACCCAGUCAAAAGCUACUAAUGAUUUCUUUUUCUUCCUCUUUAGUUUGCUUUUAUUAAAAAAAGAAAAUAGUGCAUGGCCAUAGCUCCUUCAGUUCUCUUAUUGCAGACUAACCAUCAGGAUGGUAUCAAAGCACAAAUACUUUGGAGGGGAAUGCGUUGAACUGGGGCAAGUACUGUGUAACACAAAGUGGAAAACCACUUCCUGGUGCUGCCGCUCCUGCCCCCACUUUAGGUGGGAGGAACGAGUUUUGCCCUCUAGAUUUUAACCCAGCUGGUGUCCACCGGAUGUUGCCCUCCUGGGGAGCAGAUAUCAGUCUGUGGAACGCUGGGAAAACCACAGGCACAUUUUUUGGUGCGGACAGAAUUGCCAGCACAUAACUGGGCAGCCAGCUAGCAUACUUUGUGGAAAUUAAGCGAGGUUUUCCAUUUCAGCCCCAUGGUGCGUGGUGGUGGCUGAUGAAUAUGUCAGUCUGCUCAGAGAAAGGACAGAAAGGAAAUUCUUUUCAAAACUGUGUUCACAGUUUGGGUGUGUGUAUGGCUCUGCAUGUGUGUGUUUUUGUCUCUGUAUAGGUAGAGGUGUUCACGUCUUACUCCGACCGUAAGGUUGUCUGACUUCAUCUCUGCCCCCACCACAGUUGCCAUUUUGUAAUGUCCUUCCAACAUGGAGAAGACACGAGCUCUCCAGUUGGCAUCGUUUGUCUUUUUUGUUGAUUGCCUCAUUCUCCAUUGAACUCCAUCUGGCCAGUUGAUUCAGAAUCAGGCAAGAUCCCUGCCCUUUGGCACAUUCACUGAAAGGCCAAACAGCAAGUCCGAGUGAGUUUUAAAUAUUAAUUAAUCACCCUUUAUUUUUUACACUUUGAGAGUGAUUGUAAUAAAGGCUGUCAUUAAUAAACUUGGUUCUACCUUA